AUGAGUGUCAACUGGACCUUUGAUCAUAAUGAUUAUUCACCAUUUGGAUCAGAUGAACAUAUUUUAAUAACAGAAUAUCGUUCACUUGUAAUUACAAUAUUUUUCUUUUUAAUUGGUUUAUUUGGAAAUCUUAUUAUAUUAAUUGGUAAUGGAUAUAUUCUUCGACAUUCAAUGGAUGGUGAAAAACGUACAUUUGAAAAUUUUCUUCUUGAAAUAUCAUGUUUCGAUUUAAUUGUACUUUUUUAUCAUUUAAUUAAUUCAAUUAUACGUUAUAAAGCAUUACCAGAAAGUGAUGCUCAAACAAUGACCGGUUUAAUUAAUAUAUCAACUGUUUGUUGUAAAUUAUUAACAUAUAUUGUACGAGUUUCAACACUUAUGUCUCAUUGGUUAAUUAUUUUAUUAUUACUUAAUCGAUUAUUUCUUGUUUAUCCAACAUUUUAUAGACUUAUAGCAAUUGUUAAUGCAAAAUAUGCUGUUCUUGGUUUACUGUUUCUUUUUACUUUUUUCAAUGUUAUACCAAUUGAAUCAAUGUCUUAUAAUUUACCACUUGUUCUUCCAUCAAAUUCAACAGCCAAUAUAACACUUUAUCGUCAUUGUUUAAUGAAUGCCGAAAUGGUUGAUUUAGAAGCAUCAAUAUAUUCAACUGCUGUUAUUUUGAAUGUUUUUUUCUAUACUGGUGUUGGUCUUAUUUUACCAACAAUAAUUAUAUGUAUUCUAUCAAUAUUAUUAUUUCAAAAAGGAGCACAUCUUUGGAAUGAAUUACAUUCACAUCAUUCCGACACUGAAAAUAUUUCUUUACGAUCUAAUUCACCAAUUGUUGAAUAUCUUCGUACAUAUAAUGCAGCAUUUACACUUGGUAUUAUAUUUGUAUUUCUUUCAAUACCAUGUAAAUUACUUCGUUUAAUUGUUUUAUUUGCAUCAAAUGAUAUUGAUGAAUCAAAAUCAUCGAAUCAUAUUCUUUUACAAGCUCAUGCACAAAUGCAGACUGUUGGUCAUGCAUUUGAACUUUCACUUUAUUCAUAUAAAUGUUUCAUAUUUAUUUGUACCAAUCAUCGUUUUCGUUGUGCAUUAAAAUAUUUAUUAACUUAUCAUCGUAGUCAUGUCAUUAUUAAUGAAUAUCGACCUUCAAUGGAUAGUUGUUCUGGACAAAAACCAAUACAAGCAAGAUCUUCACAAGAAAGUGUACCAUUUGAAGCAUUAUAUAAACAUUUACAAAUAAAUGAAUUUGAAUCACCAAUGAAUAUGUAUACAACUGGUUUGACAUCAGAAUUAUAUAAUCAUCGAUCAAGUUUUAAAACACGAUCAAGUGUAUCUAGUCGACGAACAAAAGAAGAUGAAAUAUCACUUUGA